GCUCGGGCAGGGGACGCGGAUUGGGUAAGCUGAACAGCAAAGGGACAGGAACUGGAAAACACGGAACUUCGAAACGCGGAUAUUUACCGAAAUUAGAAAGGCGCUAACAUUUAAAAAUUAACAAAUUUACUGAAACAAAAACUUACUGAGAUUCAAAAGUCAAGACUGGGAGAGUAGUGGUGUGUGUGUAGGGGGGGAGAAACCCGUAAACGUCUCCGUUUAUAGUUACAGGAGGUGAGAAAGUGAAAGUAAACGCAGGUCUUACCAACAUGGCCUCCGCGAUGGACGAGGAUAUUACCGACAGACCGUCUCUUCUCGAGUCUGACCUGAGCUGUCCGGUGUGUAGGGAUCUUUUCCGCGACCCUGUGCUACUCUCAUGCGGUCACAGCUUUUGUGAAGAGUGUCUGGAGAACAGCUGGAAGAACAAAAACACCAAGCUGUGUCCCGUGUGCCGGAAGAACUGCGACGGAGAGACGCCGAUCCCGAACCGGGCCCUGAAGAACACGACCGAGUCUUUUCAGAAAGAGAAAGGAUGGCGCAUUACAGGAGCUCCACAAGUGAUCUGCGGCUUACACCAUCGCGAUCUGCAGCUGUACUGCAUUCAUGAUGAGGAGCCCAUAUGUGCGGAGUGUGUUGCACUGCAUUCUGGCCAUGAUGUCAAACCUAUAGACCAUGGAGUUCAGUACUGCCAGGAGCUGCUCGAAUUAAAAGUCAAGAUCCUUGCUGACAAAUUGGAGUCUUUUAAGAAGCUGAAGAAACGAUGUAACGAGACAGUCAAUUAUAUUCGGAGCCAGUCAGAGGAGGCAGAGAAGCAAAUCAGACAGGAGUUUGAGAGGCUCCAUCAGAUUCUAAAAGAAGAAGAAGCCUCCAGAAUUGUAGCCCUAAAGAAAGAAGAGGAGCAGAAGACAAAGAUGCUGAAGGAGAAGAUUGAAAGCAUCAGCCGUGAUAUCACCACUCUCACUGAACUGAUUCAGUCGUUGAGGAGGGAGAUGACUGCAGAGGAUUUGGUUGUCCUACAAAACUACCAGAGUCUUAAACAAAGGGCUCAGUGGACAGAUGAAUCCCAGAAGUUUCCUCAUGGAGUUCUCAUCAAUGUGGCCUUGCAUGUUGGAGCACUGGAUUACAAAGUUUGGGAGAGCAUGCGGUCACAGGUCAAAUGUUUUCCAGUGCUGAUGGAUCCAAACUCCAGUUCGCCAUGGCUCUCCAUGUCCCCUAGCUACGCAAGUGUGAAAGAGAGCACAGAGAGGCAAUCAGUCCCAGACAACCCUGAACGCUUUGACCCCUGCGUCUUUGUCCUGGGCUCGGAGGGUUUUAUGUCGGGUCGCCAUCGCUGGGAGGUCUACGUAGGUGAUAACCCAAAGUGGGUCCUCGGAGUGUGUAAGGAGUCUGUGGCCCGCAAGAGGAAGUUCACAGUGACUACGUCAGGAGGCGUGUGGAGCAUCGGCUUGAGUAAAGGAGCGUACAGCGGUCUGACUUCUCCUCGCACCCCACUAACCGUAGAGAAGAGGCCAGAGACAAUCAGGGUGAAACUCAACAUGGAAAAAGGAGAGGUGUCCUUCUGGGAUGCAGACAGUGGGGCACACCUCAUCACCUACAACGACAAAUUCCCUGAGAAGCUCUUCCCUCUCUUCGGCCCUGGGCUCCACAAAACUCCUAUGGCUAUCCAGCCUGCUAAACUCACCAUCCAUAAGUAGCAAUGAUAUGCAUAGGGGUGUAACGAUACAGUAUGACAUAUCAUAUUGUUCAAUACAAGGCUCUUGAUUUGAUAUAUUUUCGUAUCAAAACACACAUUCAACAGAAUGCAUAAUGAAAUGAAUACCUUUGCGUCUGUGCCAACAUCACGGAGAUGAACACACACUUUCUCUCUCUCUCUCUCUCUCUGUCUAUCUAUCUAUCACUCAUUCUCUCUCUUUUUCUCUUUGGGAAGUUUGUAGCUGCAAAUAUAAGACUUGCUAUAGUUCAGAACGCAGGACUCAAAAACAAGUUGCCAGGGUUGCCAGGUUUGAGGAUUUUACACCAAACAGGGAUAGUUUUGAAACGAGGUUGCAGGUUGAAAAAUUAAGUCAGUGAAAGCGCAAAGAAUGAGAAAAGGAAGAAAUAGGGUGGAACUGGUAACCCAGCACACCGGUGAAAGCUUAGAUCGCCACUGUUUAAUGAGACAUGUUUUAAUUUUUUUUUUACAUUCUAAUUCACAGAGUCUGCUCACACAAGCGCCGUGUCAUUAUAAAUUUUCAAUGACUUUUAUACUGUUGAAUGUUCAAAAAUAUCAACUGUAUCGAAAAUGUAUCAUAUCAAGAUGCCACUGUUUCGUAUCGUAUUUGGAUUUUGUGCAUCACCCCCAGAGUAAACAUAUUAUGCACAUAUGAGCAUAAAAAAGUAUGGAAAUGGAAAGAGAACUCUGUGAAAGAAGGGGGAGUCGCUACAGUUUUGGAUGAAAUACUGAGGUUAUGGUUUGAGUAUAUUGUAAGCUUGGGAACCAAAUCCUAAAGCUAGAUAGAUUCUAAUCUAGAAAAUAAGUCUUGCUGCACAUUAAUUUAUGAAAGAACUGUUCAAAUAUCAUACUAAUUUGUGUCAAUGAGUUGGAUUUAUGAACAUAUAAUGUUUAUUCUUAAAAUCCUUAAAUUGUUGAAACUUUUAUAGGUGAUUAUAGGCCAUUUAGCAAGUUUGCAAAUUUCUGUAUUUUAUUUUCUUUAUUUUUUUGCUGGUAAAUUUAUUCCCAUAUAUUGCUGUGCCACAAGUUCCUCCUAUUACCACCCUAACAUACAUCUUUCUUUUUGCCUUUUCUGUCUUUCCUUUUAUCUUUUAUUUAUUGUCUUUUCUCUCUCUCUCUCUCUCUCUUUGUUUCUUCUCCCCUUUUAUUCUCUUAUCUUACUCUUUCUCUUCCUUCCCUUAAAUUAAUUUCUUUACAGUAUUCCACUCUGUCAUGAAUGUUAACAAUUUCAAACUGCUGACUUUUAAAACUUAAAAUAUUUUUAACGUGUCGUUAAAAAAAUCAUUUUAGCUCCUUGCAAGCAAUGAAUUCUCUUCAGGAAAAUACAUACACAAUUAAGAGGGCUUCAGAUAGAGUAACAUUUAUUUUACACUUUGUCUAUAUUAAAAAUGUAAUUUACAUUCCGUAAUAUAGAGCAAAACUGAUGAGAGAGGCAUAAUAUGAUUUGACAUGUCAUAAAAUUGAUUAAAGUAGGUAAACUGAUUUGCAUUACCUAAUGAUCAAAAGAGUAAGCCAGAAAUGUAAUCAUUCAUAAAUACCAUGGCCUGGCUACCCUUGGACUACAGCCAUAACCUACAGCCCUACACUACAGUCUAAUGGAGAGAGAGGGAGAGUUUAUUGUGUUGAAAAUCAUUGAGGCCCGACUGUAUCUAUAGUCUGUAUUUGACUGUAUUUAUAGUGUUACAUUUCACAGGGCAGUCAUGAAUGCAGCCUAAAUCAGAACUGGCUAAAUAAAUCUGUUUUCAAUUA